CAUCAGCUCCCUCGCUGCGACUCCCCUAUACUUGAUUAGAAAUUGUUUUAAACCAUGGUUCAUGUUCCGGAUCAACUCGUUUGGGAGCUUAUCAAGAAGCAAUCUUGCUUUCUCAAGAAGAAGAAUGGAAACACAAAGCGUAGUGGAUCUAUUUCGUUCAGUGUUGAAAAGGGCAACUUGAAGUCUCUGAACCUUUUGAAGUACAACGGAUUGGCGAACAGUAAGACCAUCGAUGUUGUCUGUACUAGUGAGAACCGAGCACAACUCGUCACAAAGAGUGCGUCCAAGGCCGACAAUUCUCCGUCCAAGACUUUUGCUACCAACAAUAUCAACAAGGACUUUCGUCGGGCGGAGAACGUUAUCUUGAAACAAACAACGGAUGUCUACUACCGACGUGACCUUAAGGCCGCUGCCCUCGGAAAGUACACCAAGGUGUAUCAGGCGAACCGACGUGCCAAGGGAAUAUCUAAGCCAGUUCCAUGCAAGAAAGGACGGGGUACCUUGUCGGAUUAAAUUCGCUGAACCAUCUCUCUAGAAAUAUUCUUGAUCGUUUAUUGCG